CAAGCUAGCAGCAAACACAAAAGCCUAAGUUGGGAGCAGGUGCUCCCUAUCAUGGCAGCAAAAAGCUACCGUUAAACUUACUGCAGUCAGCUCUACAGCCGUAAACUUUGUCCGCGGUGUCGUUCCCCUCCGGUUACAUUCCGUUCCCCUCUGUUGUGAAUGCCCACGCGGGCACCGCAGCUUUUUUAAAUUUGGAGCCCUCCGUUGACGGUGUCACGUGCUUCCGAUCGGCGCCGGAGGCUCCCCGAGUGCCGUCCCCAUGGCAACAGACUCUGCACAGGCAAACGCAGGCUAAGCUUGGACACCACUUUCCUCCUCAAAGGAUGACGUCCUCCUCUGUUGGUUGCACUCAUGGGGUUCCUGUGGAGCAUUUGGACUACAGCUACAUUGAAAAAUGCACAGAUGCAAAACACUUGGAGAAAAUUUUGAGGGAACUGAGAUCUGGCAAAGAGGGAUUUUAUCCACAUCUGAUUACAUUCUGUGAAAGUCACUUGGAGAGACUGAACCCCAAAAGCCGAGCUCUCUGGAGGGAAAACCCUGCAGGCACAGCAGCCAGCCUCUCCAAGGAUGAGUGGAGCCAGAUAGUCAGUGAGAUGAAGAUUUGGGAAGAGGAAACUAAAAAGUCUGAGGCUUCACUAAAACGGCACCCAGUUUGUGAUGACUCAACACCACCCGUUAGAGGUUCCAAAUGCUUUAUUCCACUCAACAAGAAAUUAAUUCCUGAAGAAGAGAAAACCCCCUCAAAGUGUGCCUUUCCCCCAGAAUAUCCAGGAUGCAUGAAGGCUGAAGGACAUGCUGCAUUGCUGUCUCAGGAGCAGAAGCUUCUUUUGGCAAAUUGUGAGCAGGACAAAGGGGAUGAAGCUUUCAGAACUAAAGAUUUUGAGGAGGCUGCUGCAAACUACUCCAGGAGCAUUUCUGUUUUGCCUUCUGUUGCCACAUACCAGAGCCAAGCCGAGGCAAAGAUCAACCUCAAGCACUGGCACAGGGCCAUGGCCGACUGUCAGCAUAUGCUGCAACUGGAACCAGGCAAUAUAAAUGCCCUGCUGUGCCGUGCUGCUGUCUAUGACCAUAUGGGUGAGUUCCAAAUGGCUUCUGAAGACCUGAGAGCUGUGCUAAAGGAUGAGCCAGCAAACGCUACAGCAACCCAACUUCUGUUGAAGAUCCAGAAGAAGGUGUCAGAACGUCCACCAGAUCAGCAGCACGACAGCAGAAGACUCUUCAUCCAUGAGGCAGGAGAUGAAGAGGGCAACCGCUCCCAAGAGAAACAACCCACUGCUCGUCCGGUUCAAGCAAGCCAGCCCGUGGGAGGGGAGGAGAAAUCAGUUGGUCCUGCCGAGAGGGGAGACAUGGGAAACUCUCAGAAAAAGCCCCACGGCAGAGGGAGCGGGGGUCCUCCGAGUGAGUCCUCCAGCUCCCCCCACGGAGGCAAGAAGAGCAAAGGAGGCAGCGCCGACAAGUACAGAGUCACGCCGGAGUCAAAGCUCGCCAACGGGUCCAGCAAAAGCUCUGAGUCACAGCGGGAGGAUCCGAGCAGCGGCAGAGCCACAGCUGCACAGAACGGCGGGGACGCAGUCAACCUGGAUGCCCCCUGCGGAGCCCUGCCGCCCCCCCUGGCCCGACUGAAGAACGAGGGGAACCUGUUGUUUAAAACAGGACAGUUUGCAGACGCACUGGACAAAUACUCCCAAGCCAUCCAGGGCUAUGCAGACUCAGGGAUUGACAGUCCACAGGAUCUGUGCAUCCUGUACUCUAACAGAGCAGCAUGCUUCCUGAAAGACGGCAACAGUCAGGACUGCAUAGAAGAUUGUACGCGAGUCCUGGAGCUGCAGCCAUUCUCCUUAAAGCCCCUCCUGCGGCGAGCUAUGGCUUAUGAGUCCCUGGAGCGCUAUCGAAGGGCCUACGUGGAUUACAAGACUGUCCUGCAGAUAGACAUUAGUGUGCAGGCAGCUCAAGACGGCGUCAGCAGAAUCACACGUAUGUUGAUGGAGCAGGACGGCCCAGAAUGGAGGGAGAAGCUUCCAGACAUCCCACCGGUGCCUCUUUCGGCUCAGCAGCACCGCAAGGUGGAGCCCGCCAGUGCCGAGGUCCUUCAGGCACGAGCAGAGAAGGCUGCAAGGGACGCAGAGAGAAGAGCCGAGGUUCUGUUUUCUGCUUUGAAGCAGGAAGGGAACGAUUUAGUGAAGAAAGCUCAGUACCAUCAGGCUGUGGGAAAGUACACAGAAUGUCUGAAGAUGAAGCCAGACCAGUGUGCCGUAUACACCAACAGAGCUCUGUGCUACUUGAAGCAGGAGAUGUUUACGGAGGCCAAGCAGGACUGUGAUGCAGCCCUGAAGCUGGAGCCCACCAAUAUGAAGGCUUUCUACAGGCGAGCCCUGGCCCACCGAGGCCUCAAGGACUAUUUGGCCUCCCGCUCUGACCUGCAGGAGGUGCUGCGCCUCGAUCCCAGUGUGCAGGAGGCUGAGAAGGAGCUGGAGGAGGUGACGCUGCUGCUCAGACAGAGUCCGCAGGACAAGCCCAGGAAGGUCGUCCCCAUCAGAGAGGUGGACAAUGAGGAAAAUGUGGCCGAUGUUUCCAACGCAGCGAGCAGCUGUACAGGAGAAGACCUCUCCAUCCACCUCCAUCCCUCCAGCGCCUUUGAAUUUUGUCAGGCUCUGAACGCAGCCCGCUGCAGCAAAAACACAGCCGCCUGCGCUGAAUUGCUGGCCUCCACCGCACCUCAGAGUCUUCCUCAGUUCCUUAGCAACCAGCUGGACGGACACACCAUCAGCUUCAUGAUGCAGGCGCUCGACUCCCAUUUACUGGAGAAAGAUCCUUACCUGGUUUACCGACACUUGAACCAGCUGCACAUGGUGGACAGGUUCAGGACAACACUCAUGCUGCUGGAGAAAGACGAGCGAGACCGCAUGAUGCAGCUGUUUGAGCGUCUGUCGGCUGUGGAGAGCACAGAGUUCAAUAAGAACGAUGUUCAAAAUUUGACCAACAAAUACAUCUGACUGUUGUGCAUGAGCUGCUCUCCCUCUUCUGGUGGAUCUAUGCAAACGAAGUGGGAACAUAAAGGAAGGAAGCUGCAGAGCGCGCCCUCAACAAUUCCCUGAACUGAUUUAGAAAGUGAGCUGUAAAUGAUCUGUGAUUGUUUGAGAUGAUCUAAGAGUUUAUUUUUCAAUUUUGAACAUUUGGCUAUGCAACUUUACUUCACACCAGCAUCAAAUGCAUGAACUGUGCAGCAGCAGGACUGAUGGGGGACCGUUUGAUUUUGUGGUGCAAAGUGCAAUGUUGGAGGUAAUGCAAGGCUGCAGACAGCCCCCUGCUCUGUCAGGUCCCAUCAGGACGACGUGCUUUCCAAAGAACUCAGCCACCAGUGUCGUCUUUAGAGAAGAGCCCUCAUGUUUCUGCUAAGAUCAGAGACAUGGUGAUGCUAAAUGGAACAGAGCUCAUUAAGACCCGUCUUGCAGGAUCUCCCCUUAUAAUAAAUUAACUGUUUAAUUAUAAAUAUUUGAAAGGUAUUUCUGUAUUCUCAUGAGAUAAUGUUGCAGGAAAACUAAACUGUUUUUAUUUAU